UUAAUCAAUUAUUUGAUCAAGAAAUAAAUAUCAAUAAUUUUUAUCUUAAAGUUAUAAAGAAUAAGAUAUUCCUUCCAUAUUUUUGAAGCUAAUUAAAUUAUUAAGCAAAAUAUAUAAAUGUAUUAGAGAUAAGAUUAAAGAGACGGAUAGUAAUAGCAAUAAAGGAAUUAAUACUAAAGCAAUAAUUACAGAGGAAUAAAUAGAUUUCUUGGAAAUGAUUAAAAUGAUGGUAACAAACCAAGAGGAGGCGGAUUUGGAGGAGAUAAUUAAGGUUAAUAAAGAUAAUAAUAAGAUGGAGGUUUUGCAGGAGGCAGAAGCCAAUAUAAUUAACCUAACGACAAUGGAAUCUAAACUGGAGGAUAAGGAGAUGGCUACAGAAAUAAUAGAGAUUAGAAUUAUGUUCCUAAGUAGUAAUUUAAGCCAGUUCUCUAAAUCAUUAGUGAAUAAGCAUUAACUGAAGAUUUUACUGAUAGUAGUCUCUGUUUAGUACAAAGUUCUAAACAACAAUAGCCUUAAGCAUAAUAAAUCUAAUAAAACUUCAUGGAUAAAGUUCAAAUAGUUUUCUGCAAUGAACAAGCAAUGUAGGUUCAUACAAUUGAAAAAAGCGAUUAGGGAAUGAAAUUGAUUUCAAGCGGAUGCACUUCCAUAUAAGAUAAUAAUUUUAAAAUUGAAAAAUGCUUUAUACUUAAAAAUUUAUUGAAUAACGGAUAAGAUGCUUCAGCUUUUACGAUAAAGAGCCAAUAAGGCUACUAUGGAUUUACCAUAAUAACCACUGAUCCAUAGAAUAGUAAUCAAAUUACCUCUCAGUUGUGCUAAAUGGUAGCUCAUUAAUAACCUAUAACAAAUAUCUUUUUAUUCCAAACAUCAAUCAACAGCAGAAACGUAAGUAAAAUAGUAACUGUUUCAAACUCAAGUUAAGAUUCAAGUCAAGAUGCUUUUGUCAAAUUUUGGGAGUUGUAACAAAACGGAAUAACACUCGACUAGAGUUCAACAAUAUUUUUUAAAGAUAAUUUAGAAUAAUGGUUUAACUCGAAGAACAUAAAAUUAGAAAGUAUUAAUAAUUUAUAAUUUACUACUAUGAAUAAUAAAUAAAUUGUCAUCAUUACAUUUAACAAGCCUAGAUUCGAACAAUUCUAACCUCAAUAAUAGCAAAAGCAAUAAGCUUAAGCUAACUGUGCAUACGUUUUAGAACUUGAAUUUACUCAGCAAAGACCAAUUCAAGGAUAAAAGCUAGAAAUUGGUCCUCCAACUUCUGCGAUUUAGAAAAUAGAGAUAGUAACUAAUCCAAAAACAAGCGAUUUAUUUUUGUUUGCUUAGCUCAGAAACGAUACCAGAAAUCAAUAAUAAUAAUAACAGCCAGGAAACAAUCAACCUUAAGGAUAUUUAUAUGCAGCAAAAAACUUGAUACAAGUAUAGAAAGUUUAUGAAAACAAUUUCCCUUUAAAUGACUUUUCAAUAUCUUUUGGAAUUAAUCAAGCAACGAUAGUAACAGCUACUACAUAAUCUAUUUAGCCUAUAACUUGGAAUCUGUCAAAUGAUACUUAUUAGCUAAACAAGUCAGAUAUUAAUUUAAAAAAUCAAGGAGAUAUACAAAAUAUUUAUUUAUUUAAAAGUAUUAUAAAUUUAGUUGAAAUAAAUUAAUUGCUAACCGUACAUUAUAAAGGCAAAAACAAUACUAAAAAGUGUAUAACUCUCUCUACCUUAGCAUUAUUAGAACAUGUUGAAAGAACUGAUUAAGGAAAUAGAAAUUUUUAAAGUAAUCCACAAAACUAAAAUAGAAAUUUUUAAAGUAAUCCACAAUACUAAAAUAGAAAUAAUUAUGGUUAAAAUUAAUAACCUUUUCAAAGAAGAUUCUGA